GUAAGUGCGCGUGGCCGCGGCGGCUGGUGUGGGGUAGUCAGUUGUGAGGCCCGGGGCUGCUGACCCAGCGGGCGGCCCACCGACCGGGCAACACAGCGGCAGGCGUAGGGGUUCGGGAGCCGAGGUCUGGUCCCAUCCAAGAGCUCGGCCCAGCGGGCGCCGCCGUCGUCCCCGCCCCCAGCCAGUAAACCGCCGCCGCGGGCGCGCCCCCGCUCUACGCUGUCUCUCCGAUGGCGUCCGCCUCCGGGGCCAUGGCGAAGCACGAGCAGAUCCUGGUUCUCGACCCACCCACAGACCUGAAAUUCAAAGGCCCCUUCACAGAUGUAGUCACUACAAAUCUUAAGUUGCGAAAUCCAUGGGAUAGAAAAGUGUGUUUAAAAGUGAAGACUGCAGCACCUCGUCGGUACUGUGUGAGGCCCAACAGUGGAAUUAUUGACCCAGGGUUGACUGUGACUGUUUCAGUAAUGCUACAGCCAUUUGACUAUGAUCCCAAUGAGAAGAGUAAACACAAGUUUAUGGUACAGACAAUUUUUGCUCCACCAAACACUUCUGACAUGGAAGCUGUGUGGAAAGAGGCAAAACCUGAUGAAUUAAUGGAUUCUAAAUUGAGAUGUGUAUUUGAAAUGCCCAAUGAAAAUGAUAAAUUGAAAGCUGUUCCACUGAACGCAUCCAAACAAGAUGGACCCGUGCCAAAACCACAUAGUGUUUCACGCAAUGAUACCGAGACAAGGAAACUCAUGGAGGAAUGUAAAAGACUACAGGGAGAAAUAAUGAAGCUAUCAGAAGAAAACCGACACCUGAGAGAUGAAGGCUUAAGGCUCAGAAAGGUAGCACAUUCGGAUAAACCUGGAUCAACCUCAACUGCAUCCUUCAGAGAUAAUGUCACCUGUCCUCUUUCUUCACUUCUUGUAAUUGCAGCCAUUUUCAUUGGAUUCUUUCUAGGGAAAUUCAUCUUGUAGAGUGAAGCAUGCAGAGUGCUAUUUCUUUUUUUUUUUUUUCUCUUGACCAGAAAAAGAUUUGUUUACCUACCAUUUCAUUGGUAGUAUGGCCCACAGUGACCAUUUUUUUUGUGUGUACAGCGUCAUACAGGCUUUGCCUUUAAUGAUCUCUUACAGUUAGAAAACACA